UCGGAGCGCUGCGCUGAGCUGCUUCUGAUCCACUGUGUGUACGGGGUACCGAGGCGGCAUCAGCUUCAGCAUCAUCUUCAGUAUUUCUCUUUCACCCCCGACAAACCUUCAGGGAGCUUUUAGCAUUUGUUCGGUCUGAGGUCUCUGGAAAACAUCUGAUUCGCUUUUUUUCUAACCAGUCCCAGAUGCGCCUUGCAGUGUGAGAGUGCGAGCGUCUGAGCGCGUCAGUGUGAGUUUGGUUAGCGCAUGAGAAUAAGGAGAGACUAUUUGCAGUCCGCGGCAGGGGAGUGAAAGAGAAGAAGAAGAAGCGCCUGGAGUUUUUUUUUUUUUUCAAACUAACUUUUUCGGUAUGAACGCAGAUACGUGCGUCUCCUACUGCGACAUGACAUCCAUGGACUCUUAUUAUAGCGCGUCUGCGCAGAGUAGAGACCACCAGACAAAUCCUUUUAGGACUUUUCAGACCAACGAAACCAAAUACAGCCCCACGUUCAUUCCGGGUAAAGGAUCCCGGAGUCCCUUCCAGACAGAGUGCCAGUCACUGGAUGGAGCUGAGGAGAGCGGCUUUAAUAAAUACCAGCUCUUCAUGCAGCGACCGACCUGCAAGACUCCGCCUGAAGGCGGCAAGCUGCACCCGGACAGCGGACACAACGGGACGCUCAUCCCCUGCUAUGGAAAAGACAACACCAGCCUGACAGAGUCUGAACUGCCACCAAACGUUGAUCCUCCUGGGAUGGAAGGCAGCUACCUGAACCUAAAGGAGCCCGGCGUAAAGGGUCCAAGCGAGCGACCAGGGUCUGAACUUUCCAGCCCUCUGGAGAAAAGUGAGGCAGAGAGCAACAAAGGCAAGAAGAGACGCAACCGCACGACAUUCACCAGCUAUCAGCUAGAAGAGCUGGAGAAAGUUUUCCAGAAGACACACUACCCUGACGUUUAUGCACGUGAGCAACUUGCGCUGAGGACCGACCUGACAGAGGCUCGGGUUCAGGUGUGGUUUCAGAAUCGCAGAGCCAAGUGGAGGAAGAGAGAGCGUUUUGGCCAGAUGCAACAAGUGCGCACCCAUUUUUCUACUGCUUACGAACUGCCACUUCUCACUCGACCUGAAAACUAUGCACAGAUCCAGAACCCUUCAUGGAUCGGGAGCAGCAGUGCAGCCUCCCCGGUGCCAGGCUGCGUUGUGCCAUGCGAUUCCGUCCCCUCCUGCAUGACACCUCACCCUCAUGCUCCCGGAGGUGUCUCUGACUUCCUGGGUGUCCCCAGUCCAGGGAGCAGCCACAUGGGACAGACACACAUGGGCAGCCUGUUUGGGGGCGCUGGGAUCAGCGGGGGAAUCAAUGGCUAUGAUCUCAAUAUUGAUCCAGACCGCAAGUCCUCCAGCAUAGCUGCGCUGCGGAUGAAGGCCAAGGAACACAGCGCGGCCAUCUCCUGGGCUACAUGAUGUCCCAGCGCAGACCCACCCUGGUCCCCUCAAUGGCCUAAUCUCCGGAGCAGCCAUCAGCGAGCACUGAGAAGCAGGAGAGGCUUUCUCCUGAGAGCACUAUUGAUAACACAGGUCAAACGAACAGGGGGAGACGGAGGAGAUAAGAGGGGCCAAAACAGCAGCCAAUGCAAGCCAGAUAACUGUGACAAUGAUUAUCAGCAGAUGCUGUAUUACAGCUGUGUGACUUUCAAAAAACAUCACCCUCUGCACUUAUUCACAUUCCCGAUAAAAGAUGUGUAAAAUGCCUUAAAAUAAGAUUUUUUUUUUUAUUGUAGUAACAUGGUCUCCAACCUUUAAUUUACAUCUUGAGAAAUAACAGUUUUUAGUCAAAUCACCAGUGGUGCCAUUUUUGGUACCACUAACAAUUCCUUUAAAAUGCAUUUAGUUGAACCAUUAUUGCAAUUUAUUUUUUUAAGUUGGUUAGAGUGUCUUGAAACUUAUAUUAGUUAUCCAUGGCUGGGCAUUAAUGUGGCAUCACAGUAAAAGAAGAAAUAUCCAAAGCUCACCCUUAGAGUGCAAUAAGUUGCUAUCUGGGGUCCCCAAGUCUCCAUAAUAACGAUAAUAAGGUAAUAUUAGGAAGGAUAAAUAAAUAAUAGAAACAAUAAUUAAUAUCCAUGAAUGAAAAGUUUACAAAAUUGUGAUCAAUAUCGUACAGAAUUAUUUAAAUAUUCACAGAAUGUGAAAUGCUUUCAACAAAUAAUAUAUAGUAUAUAUAUAUACUUAAAUACACACUUAAAUACACACAAGAUAUACACACAAGAUAAAGUACAAUAAUCUAAGCAAAUAUAAAUAGAAGGAAGAUGUACAUGAGGUGAAUAAGUAUUUGCUUUAUUGUACAUGAUGAUGUCAGCAGCCUAAGCCUAAAUGGUCAUCUACAACACUCCCCGUCUGUGGAGAAGUUCGCUGGUGUUCUGCAAUCUCCUCUCUAGCUUCUGAAUGCAGCAGGUACCAGCGCUGCACACAUUUUAGGCUGGUGCUGAAAACAGAGGGAAAGACGCAUUGAUCUGCUCGGGAAUGCCUGUUUGUUUGCACCAUGAUCCCAGAACCAAAUCUACCUUUCAACACUCCUCUCUUCUCCUCCAUCAGCAGGCUCUGCUCCUCUGUUCAGUUCAGUUUUCUCCACCUUUUAUUCUCCAUU